AUGUUUGUUGAUUGUAUUGAACCGGAUCCACCUGGCCUAGAAAGGUUAAACUCAUAUCUAUCAAUUUCUAGGAAUUCUCCAGAGGUGAAGGAGCCAAUAGGGUAUUCAGCAGUUUCAGAUACAUCUCCCACAAAGCUAUCACCUUCAGUGCAUUCAGUUUCAUCUUUGUCUACAUCUCCUUUGUCAUCUCAAGGUCACCUGGUACCUACAACCUCUACUCCACCAAGGUGGUCCCGCCGUUCCCCAGGAAAUCGGCUAUUGCGGCAAGUAUCAGAUAGCCGGAUUCCAGGAUUGAAGUCACCAAAUUUCUCAAUUUCUGAGGAGCCAUCUUCCUUUGUGCUGCCUGAGUGGAGCAAUGAAUUAACAAGGGGCUCCAAUGGUGGGUCUUCAGAUAGUUGGUCUAUCCCUCCCUUUCCUGAGCUCAUGGCAACUUCUCAUAGAGAGAGAUGGUCUUUUGAUAGUGAGUCCUUAGGCUUCAAUCGUGACAAGAUAUCCAGAUCUAGUGGCCGAAUUUCUGCUUCUUCCUCUUUUGAUAUCCAAAACUGUGGGGUUUGCUCAAAGCUUUUAAUUGAGAAAUCUUCUUGGGGCAGCCAGAAAAUUAUAGCCACUAAUGAGCUUGCUGUGGUGGCUGUUUUAAUUUGUGGCCAUGUUUACCAUGCUGAGUGCCUGGAGAAUAUGACGCCUGAAAUCAACAAGUAUGACCCCACCUGCCCGGUUUGUACUUUGGGGGAGAAACAAACCCUGAAGCUGUCCGAGAAAGCAUUGAAAGCUGAAAUGGACUUGAAGGCUAGAAACAAGAAAUCAAGGAACCGGGUUGUGGAUAGUGAUCUAAGUAGUGAUCUUGUUGUGUUUGAUCGCCAGAAAAGUAGCGGUCCUAGGAUGAGCUUAAGUUCCAGUAUGAAGAGCUCCUUGGGGAAGCCUUUCUUGAGGCGGCACUUUUCAUUUGGGUCAAAGGGGGAUAGAUCCUCAUCAGAGAAUCUUUCUGUUCGAAAGAGGGGGUUUUUCUGGGCAAAAUCUGGCAAGAACUGAGCUGCUUCUGGAUCUGAAGAGGUUAACAUCCCUUGCUCUCAUAUAUGCUCUUCUCUGACCGAGACUAACGGAGAACUUCCUUUUUGCACCUUACUAACGACCAAUUUUAUAUCUGUAGCCUUUUGAACUUCAGUCUAGGCGAAUACUUUGAACAUCUGGAGUGUAGACUUUGCAUUGCAAUACCCCCUAAAUUUCUCUGCUUUAAGCUCUUGAGAAAUUCUAUCAUUUGGUUCACAAGUCAUAUUUUAUGUUACUCGUGCAGGAUUUGGUAUUCUUACAUCUGCUGAUUCCACGAUUGAUCUUCCCUUGCAAUCUCAGUUACUG